CCGGCUCCCGCCUCCGGCCGCAGGGCGGUCGGGCGGCAGCUCUGCGGCUGCGCGGAGAAGCCGAGCGUUGUGCCCCGAGGCAGCCGCUGAGGGAGGGGACCAAGAUGAGUGCAGAGCCUGAAAGAAAGUUCGGAGUGGUGGUGGUUGGUGUUGGCAGAGCCGGCUCAGUGCGGAUCAGGGACUUGCGGAAUCCACAUGCUUCCUCGGCGUACCUGAACCUGAUUGGCUUCGUGUCCAGACGAGAGCUCGGGAACAUUGAUGAAGUCCAGCAGAUUUCUUUGGAAGAUGCUCUUUCCAGCCCAGAGGUAGAGGUUGCUUAUAUCUGCAGUGAGAGCUCUAGCCACGAGGACUAUAUCAGGCAGUUCCUUAAUGCUGGCAAGCAUGUCCUUGUGGAAUAUCCAAUGACACUAUCUUGGGCAGCAGCUCAGGACCUGUGGAAGCUGGCUGAGCAGAAAGGGAAGGUCUUGCACGAGGAGCAUGUCGAACUCUUGAUGGAGGAGUUUGCAUUUCUGAAAAAAGAAGUGGUGGGGAAAGACCUACUGAAAGGGUCUCUUCUCUUUACAGCUGGCCCAUUGGAAGAAGAGCGGUUUGGCUUCCCCGCAUUCAGUGGCAUUUCUCGCCUGACCUGGCUGGUCUCCCUCUUUGGGGAACUUUCUCUUAUAUCUGCCACUUUGGAAGAGCGAAAGGAAGAUCAACAUAUGAAAAUGACUGUGUGCUUGGAGACCGAGAACAAACGUCCGCUCACAUGGAUUGAAGAGAAAGGGCCUGGUCUAAAACGAAACAGACACUUAAGCUUCCAUUUUAAAUCUGGGUCCCUGGAGAAUAUGCCAAAUGUAGGAGUCAAUAAGAAUAUUUUCCUGAAAGAUCAAAAUAUAUUUGUGCAGAAACUCUUGGGCCAGGUCUCUGAGAAGGAACUGGCUGCUGAAAAGAAACGCAUCCUGCACUGCCUGUGGCUCGCAGAAGAAAUCCAGAAAUACUGCUACUCACAGAAGUAAGAGAAGGAAGCAUGCGGCACUUCUAAGGCGGCACCAUAGUUUGCUUUUUAUGAAGAGUUGACCUCUAUCUCUAUUUUUACAAUUAAACAGAUCUUGGGUAAACAGGAUUUGCUUACUGUCCCGAGCUGUGUUGGGAGUGAUAUUUGGGAGUUGGGAUGAGGAGAAAACUAGCCUUGGUGGAGCUGAGCCAAGGGCUGCAUAUGCCUGAUUCCAUUUGCUCUUCCCAACAGCCCUAUCAGGUGGGUAUUAGCAGAUUCGUUUCCAUUUGUAUAUUGGAAAAUUUUGUUUGCAGUCACCCAGUUAGUAAAUAGCAGGACCAGCCUCUAAAUCUCAUGCACUGAACCACCGCAAAACAGUGUAUGGAAGCCUCUUCCUGCUUUAAGGAAUCUGUUUCACCCAACAAACUGUCACCGGGUGAGUAUGCCAGGUGCUGGGGAUUCUAAACAUGAACAAGACAUAGCCACUUUCCUCAAUAACUCGCCUCGUUGAAAGCAAACCAGUCACACAGACUGGUCACUGUAAUGUCAUAGGUCCAGGAAAAGAGAUGCCCCUGGUCAUCUGGAGGAAGGUCAGGGAAAACCUACAAACCAGAUCUUCAUAACUAGGUUAGCUGUGUACACGUGAGGGGGGCUUUCCCGGUAGAGGGCUGACCUGAGCAGAGAAGGAAGUGAGGAACAAGCUGGCCUGUACCCUGAGAACAGUGUUGCCAGAGCAGUGUGUUGAGUCCCAGAGGGUAAAUCUCUGGGGUCCCUAUAAGCCAGGUGAAGGAGCUGGGGGACCCCAGUGCCUAUUUUUUAGGGGAGUGGCGUGGUCAGGUUUCCAGUUUAGAUAAAGCACUCAGAAAGCUGCUAGGAGGAAAUGAGACUUGAGACCAAGGAGGAGACAUCUCGUCAAGAGCCAACAAACAUCUUCACGCUGCAGCCCUUGGCUUGUCUAGACUCCACUCCGGUCGAGACACCGCUGAACUUGAGGCAGAGCUGAUUCCCAGGAAUCUGCUCUUUCGUUUCACUGGUGGUCGCGUUGCAUUUUCGUUGAAGCUUGUGUUAGAUUUCUUGCCUUUGUAAAUGUUUCCCUCUUGCUUUUUGCCUAUUACCUUCCCUUUGUGAGGUUUAACCACUUCAGGAGCGGGGAAGUUGUUGGUCUCAGCACUCUGUUUUCUACCUCGAUUUCCAUUAUUCUGUCACCAUAUACGUCAAGGUAGAAACCAAAACUCCUUAAGGUUGUCCUUUUAUUUGCCAUGUAAAACAAUUUCAUAAAUAUUAGUUGGUUCUCUUGUUUUAUUAUCCACAUCAAAUAUCCUUUGUGGCCAAGAAAUGUUAUCUAUUUUUGUAUGCUGUACAGCAUCUAGCAUGAGGCAAAUACGUGAUUAAAAUGUCGUGCAGUAGCGUCUCGCA